GUUGCGCAUGCGUGUGUAAAGUACACGUCAGUCUUGUCGCAUAUCAACCGAGCGACGUGGCUUCACUCCUCUUCUCAACAAACACGACCUCGGACAAGCUAACAUGGACCAGGUAAUGCAGUUUGUUGAGCCCAGUCGGCAGUUCGUCAAAGACUCCAUAAGGCUGGUAAAGAGAUGCACUAAACCCGAUAGAAAAGAAUUCCAGAAAAUUGCAAUGGCCACAGCGAUUGGGUUCGCCAUCAUGGGAUUUAUUGGAUUCUUUGUUAAACUGAUCCACAUCCCCAUCAACAACAUCAUUGUUGGUGGUUAAACUCCCUUAACAUCCAGGACCAGAAGACGGCCGUGCAAAGUUCUAAUGGGGGGGUACUGAAGGGAUGACACUUUUACAUGCUAUUGACAUUUCUUUCACUGUGUAAAUAAAACAAACCAAUGAUUUUCCUUUUAAA